GUAAGUGUCAGUUCUGUAGGUAAAGGUAAGUGUCAGUUCUGUAGGUAAAGGUAAGUGUCUGUAGGUAAAGGUAAGUGUCAGUUCUGUAGGUAAAGGUAAGUGUCUGUAGGUAAAGGUAAGUGUAUGUUCUGUAGGUAAAGGUAAGUGUCUGUAGGUAAAAGUAAGUGUCAGUUCUGUAGGUAAAGGUAAGUGUCUGUAGGUAAAAGUAAGUGUCAGUUCUGUAGGUAAAGGUAAGUGUCAGUUCUGAAGGUAAAGGUAAGUGUCUGUUCUGUAGGUAAAGGUAAGUGUCUGUAGGUAAAAGUAAGUGUCAGUUCUGUAGGUAAAGGUAAGUGUCAGUUCUGUAGGUAAAGGUAAGUGUCUGUUCUGUAGGUAAAGGUAAGUGUCAGUUCUGUAGGUAAAGGUAAGUGUCUGUUCUGUAGGUAAAGGUACGUGUCUGUAGGUAAAGGUAAGUGUCUGUUCUGUAGGUAAAGGUAAGUGUCUGUAGGUAAAGGUAAGUGUCUGUUCUGUAGGUAAAGGUAAGUGUCUGUAGGUAAAAGUAAGUGUCAGUUCUGUAGGUAAAGGUAAGUGUCUGUAGGUAAAAGUAAGUGGCAGUUCUGUAGGUAAAGGUAAGUGUCUAUUAUGUAGGUACAAGUAAGUGUCAGUUCUGUAGGUAAAGGUAAGUGUCUAUUCUGUAGGUAAAGGUAAGUGUCUGUAGGUAAAAGUAAGUGUCAGUUCUGUAGGUAAAGGUAAGUGUCUGUAGGUAAAAGUAAGUGUCAGUUCUGUAGGUAAAGGUAAGUGUCUAUUAUGUAGGUACAAGUAAGUGUCAGUUCUGUAGGUAAAGGUAAGUGUCUAUUCUGUAGGUAAAGGUAAGUGUCUGUAGGUAAAGGUAAGUGUCAGUUCUGUAGGUAAAGGUAAGUGUCUGUUCUGUAGGUAAAGGUAAGUGUCUGUUCUGUAGGUAAAGGUAAGUGUCAGUUCUGUAGGUAAAGGUACGUGUCUAUUCUGUAGGUAAAGGCAAGUGUCUGUAGGUAAAAGUAAGUGUCUGUUCUGUAGGUAAAGGUAAGUGUCUAUUCUGUAGGUAAAGGUAAGUGUCAGUUCUGAAGGUAAAGGUAAGUGUCUGUUCUGUAGGUAAAGGUAAGUGUCUGUUCUGUAGGUAAAGGUAAGUGUCUAUUCUGUAGGUAAAGGUAAGUGUCAGUUCUGAAGGUAAAGGUAAGUGUCUGUUCUGUAGGUAAAGGUAAGUGUCUGUUCUGUAGGCAAAGGUAAGUGUCUGUUCUGUAGGUAAAUGGACUGUUGUAGUGGACUCUGCUUGACAUAAUUCAGCAGGACUAGUGGUGUAGUGGGAAGUAAUCAUAUUACUAUGAUGACUUAGGAUAUGAGUGACAGUGUCCCUUUAAGAGCAGUAAUGUAACCAUGGUAACGCAAUGGCAUUUGGGGGUUAAAGGUGAAGGGAUGUCAGUGUUUCGAGAGAAAUAUGUGUGUGUGUGUGUGUGAAUAAACGUCCACAGAAGGUGUGCAGCCAGAUAGAGACGCUUGUCGACUUUGUUAAUCCCUGCGCUCCUACACUGUACUUCCCUUUUCUAGUCUUCAGAACACUCCAUAUCAUCAUUCACCCAUUCACACCCAUUCAUACAAUGCUAGGUGCCGUCUGCCCAGGACAAACUAAUCAUUUAUACUCAUUCAUACACUGCAGGAACAGCCUGGGGGGAAUUGGGGUUAAAUUUCCUGCCCAAGGAUACAUCGAUAUGGACUAGCAGAGCUAGGGCUCGAACUGCCAAUCCUUUGAUUGAAGGACGACCCUGCUCUACCACCGAGUCACAGUCACCCCCAAAUAGUAGCCUACUUAUCGAGACUCCAGUACAGCUGCUUUCUUGCAACACUCUGGGAAACUGUCUGACUUUCAUAAUGGCAGUGAAGGAAACUAUCUCUUAUUUGAACUUGAAUGUGACCAUACUGAGAGCAGAAAAAAAUCCCUCCAAAGAUUACUGGUCUGAAUCCGACUGCUACGUGAUUCUCACUCUCCCGACAGCAACGGCAAAAACCUACCGUACAACAACUGUGUCCAACAAUAACAACCCAGAAUGGAAUGAAACGUUUACCUUCCGGGUCCCCACCCAUGUGAAAAACAUUUUAGAGAUCACGCUAUAUGAUGAGGACCCUUUUGCGCCGGAUGACAAGUUUGCCGAGCUUCUGUUUGAUGUCACAAAUCUCACAAUCGGGAUGAAGGAGACCAAGGCCUUCACUAUAAACCCAGAGACAGAGGGCAAACUUCUGAUAGCGUUUGAGCUACUUCAGUGUGAGGACCCCCCUUGUGAAUAUCUCACUAAUGGCGUCCUUGUGGCUUCCCCGUUCUCUGUACUGGAUAUUAACCUUGACAAGCUACGAAGUAACGACCGUUUGUGGAACAAGGUGCUGAAACUGAGGGGUGCCUUUUGUGAGAAUAUCACAAUUAUUGAACAGGAAACCCCAAAACUGCGUUUCUACAUCAACAGAGAUUUGGAGACAGAACUAGGAGUGAUACAUUUUCCAAUGGAAACGUAUACAAAUCUCCAGCCGCUACCAGCCAACUAUGCAGGCAAAGUGUCCCUUUGUAUUGAUCAGGACACAGUGGAUUUCAACAUGGAAACACAUGAAGGCGAGGGUAUUGCAAUUCGUCUGGACUUUGACAUCCCAACUCAAGAGAAAGAGUACCUGAAGAAGAGGAGCGUUGUAGUGGCACAGGCUUUGCAGGAGCUUUUUGGCGCUCCAACUGAUCCUAAAAAGGUGCCGGCGAUAGCAGUGGUGGCUUCAGGGGGAGGGUCCAGAGCAAUGACGGGCCUGCUUGGUAGCCUGAGAGGCCUGAAGGAUAUCGGGGUCCUGGAUGCUGUCAGUUACAUCACUGGUGUUUCUGGAUCCACAUGGGCUAUGUCUGCUCUGUACCAGGAAGCUAACUGGUCACAGGAGGACAUGGACAGUGUCAUCUCAGAAAAGAAGGAACAGAUGACCAAGAGUAUGCUGAGUGUCUUCUCUCCUGAGAAACUCCAGUAUUACAGAGAAGAAAUUGCUGAGAAAGAGCAAGACGGUUACAGUGUGUCACUCAUUGAUAUGUUGGGCCUAGUCUUUGAGCAACUUGUCUUUGGGAAGAAAGUCACCAGUACCCUGUCUGAGCAGCAGAGAGCAGUGAAUGAUGGCCAAAACCCUUUACCCAUAUACACUGCUGUCAAUAUGAAGGAUAUGGCAAAGGGCUUUCAAUCUGAAGCUGAGUGGUGUGAGUUUACCCCGUAUGAGGUAGGCAUCCAAAAGUAUGGGGCAUUUGUCCAAACUGAGGCCUUCGGAAGUCAGUUCUUUCUUGGUCAUUUUGUCAAGAAACUCCCAGAAGUCCGCAUCCCUUAUCUGAUCGGAAUAUGGAGCAGUGCUAUUUCUGUCAGCAUGACCCAGCUAUGGACAUUUGCAACAGGGUUCAUGCCUUCUUGGGGUGCCUGGCUCGGACCAGAGGUCAACAACAUCGACGUUGACACUGAACCAUCAACUCUGGACACACAGCUCAUAUGUCCAACCACAGAUAUCACCAGUGCAGUGACUGAUUUCUUCAAAAAUCGUCCAGCCAUUGCUGAAAUGUAUAAUUUUAUGCGUGGACUCUUCAUGCACAUGGACUACAAUCAACACAGCAGCUUUGUUGCCUGGAAAGAAACACAUCUAGAUGCCUUCCCAAACCAGCUGACACCCAGUGACUCCACCCUGCGCCUGAUUGAUUCUGGUCAUGCCAUCAAUAUUGGCUGUGUGCCGGUCCUGCGGCCAGAGAGAGAUGUGGAUCUCAUCAUAUCUCUGAGUUACUCAUGGGAACCAGAGCACAACCUCAGGGUCCUGGAGAAGACAGCUGCUUACUGUAAAGACCAUGACAUCCCCUUUCCCAAUGCUGAUUUUGCCAGUCUGCAAAAGGAGCCUCAAAAGGAGGUCUACAUCUUCGAGGAUAAGGAGAAUCCCAGGGCCCCGAUAGUGCUUCACUUCCCACUUGUCAAUGUCACAUACAAGCACUUCAAAUGCCCUGGCGUCAAACGUGAGACUGAGGAAGACAUAAGAGCUGGGGAGGUGGAUGUGAGCAGCAACGAGUCUCCAUACCUCACCAAGAACUUUACCUACUCAGAAGAGGAUUAUGAGUCUCUGGUGGAUCUGACCACUUAUAACAUAUUAAACAACAAGGAGAGCAUCCUUGAAGCCUUGUGUAAGGCCCUGGAGAGGAGCACAUCCAAGAAAAAGAAAUAAAAGGAUAUGAUAUACAGCAACAGGUUUAUCUAUGUUGCCACGACAAGUCACCUUUGUUAAUUGCACCAUCUCUACAUUAAUGCUAAUUAGGACGCAGGAUAUUUACUCAACAUUAUAAACUACUGUUUCAAAAAUAAGAAUCAAUGUCUUACAGUCUUGGAGUUGAACAUAAUAAGCUCCUUCAACUUAAAUCAACUUUGUACUUCCAGGAUACCUUCGAAGGUAUUUUACAAGUGCACUGUGUAAUCCGCGUUUUUCAGUUUGUUUUGUUGUCUGAAUCAAAAGAGGAGUACCAAACUCAAAUAAAGAGCUGAUUAUGUUUUUUGCAAA